CAGGGUGAUCCUGGCCUUGUCGUUCAACAUGUUAGCCGUAGAUCUGUACCUCGUUCUGACGCAUCAGGACCCCAACCGCCUCAGCGCCCGCCCAAGGCUCAUGCGUUCAAACAGAACAACGCCAAGUGGCUCCGACAGCAGCUCAGCGGUCCAGGAAAUCAGAAAACUGUGACCAAGGCUAGAUCCAGUCUUUCUGGUGAAGAUCGACGGUCUGUUGACUCUGCCGAUGGUAGCGGUGAUGAAGGUAGGCGACAGUCUACUGGAUCUGCCAACUCCAGUUCGGAAAGUUGGGAGGAGCACGGGGCGAUCACGGACGCGGCUGCAAGUAGUUGGUGGACGCGGACAAGGGAGUGUGCUGCUGUAGUGGCUGGAAGCAGGAAGUUCGACACCCUGGUCGCGGUGAUCAUACUCGCGAAUUCGCUCACGAUAGGCGUGGAGAUUCAGUGGGGUGUCGACGGCAGGGAUGAAGAGGACAUGCGUUUUCUCAGCGGGCUGGAGGAUGGCUUCAUCGCCUUCUACACCGCUGAGAUCUGCGUCCGGCUGCUCGCCAGCGUCGAGAAGUGCUUGAACAGCCGCUGGUUCUGGAUGGAUGUCGUGCUGGUGUCCACCGGCAUCAUCACGCAGUGGAUCCUGGGGUGGCUGCUGGAAAUGUCUGAAGGCGGCCUCGACUUCGUCGGACAGGUGCUGAUCGUCCGCAUCCUCCGCCUGCUCCGCCUCGUGCGCGCCCUGCGCACGAUAUCUUUCUUUCAGGACCUGUGGAAGCUUGUCAAUGGUGUGCUUGGGUCGUUGAGGACGGUGUUGUCGGCGAUGUUCUUGCUUCUUGCGUUCACGUUUGUGUUCGCAUGCAUCAGCGUAUAUUUAAUCAAGAAGAACGACCGGCUCAUGGACAAUGCUGAGACAGCCGAGAUCGUGAGGGAACGAUUUUCGAGCUUGCCAAUGUCCAUGCUCACGCUACUGCAGUUUUCUGACGCAGAUUCCAUUGGGGAGAUAUACGGCCCUCUCAUCAGGACAGAUGCCCGGCUGCUCGUAUAUUUUGGGCUGGUAUUUACUUUGUUCACCAUAGGGGAACGUUCUCGGAUGAAUCUUGUUACAGCUGUAAUUGUAGAGCACGCCAUUGAGUGCUCCAAACUUGACACGGAGAUGCAACAGGUCAUGAUGAGAAAAAGGCUGAAGAAAGUGCAGCCGCAGAUACUCGAGGUUUUCCGUGCAAUGGACGAGUCUGGAAACGGGAACAUCUCCAUCAGCGAGCUCAAGGAUUGGCAGUUCCAGAAGAAUACUCUGCCACGAGACAUACGGGACCUCGUCAUGCCUGACGCACUGGCAGACCUCUUCGAUCGAGGAUUUUCUGGACACGGACAACUCGGGGGAGAUCGACCAGGACGAGUUCGUGGACGGCAUCUCGCACCUGGCCCUCUCGAACAGCAGCAUCGAGACGACACAGAUACUGCAGCUCCUGCGCGACUCCAAAAGGUGCCUGCAGUCUGUCGUGGGGACCAUGGGCGGCGACAGCGCCCACUCGGACUCUCCGGCCCGGCGCAGGAGUAAAAGCAAUCCUGGCUCGCAGAGCCAGCUCUUGGGGGCACCUUGUGAACCUGAAAUGUUUCGUGCUCAGUCUAUUUGACACUAGAUGGCAUUUGCAUCCUGCGUAUUCUGAGUUUCCGCUGCUAGGUGGCCACCCGACUUCGAAAUGCCUAAUCGCAUCAUGUCACGGGUGGGCUGGCCCUGGGUUGGAGUGGGGGUAUGGGGU